AUGAGUGGGAAUGAGAUGGUAGAAGCCCUAAAGGCAUUGGGGAAGUAUGUAAUUUUGCCCUCUAUCAUGCCUUUAGCCUCAGGUGGCUUAAAUCUAGACUUAGAUGGCGAAAGGGAGGAAAGUCCUAAAGCUCCUCUUUUAAAAAAGGAGAGAGCCAGUAGUUCCUUUUCCUUCAUGGAUCCAGGGCUUUAUGAGGAAAAGCCUAAGGUACCUAUUUUCAGAAGGGAUAGGACCGGUGGUUCCUCUUCGUGCAUGGAUCAAACUGGAACAAGUCAGUCGCAUAUCCAUGCAGUCCCUAAAGUUCCCCCCUUCUCGGGUGAGGAUCCCCCUUUAAAGGGUGAUGUUACUUACCCUGAAUGGAGGUUCGAGAUUCGUUGCCUGGAUGGGGAUACAGAAAUUUCUCAGAGUUUACUAGAACAGGCAAUAAGAAGGUCCUUAAGGGGUACAGCCAGACGCAUGCUCAUUCCACUGGGGGAGAAGGCAACCCCUAAAGAGGUUUUAUACAAAUUAGAUGCCCUGUCUGGAGAAACGUCCACUCAUGGUAUGCUAAUGCAAGAGUUUUUUAAAUCUGCUCAAAAACCUGGGGAGUCUGUCACCAAUUUCGGCUGUCGUCUCGAGUCGUUGUUACAAACAGCGAUUGAGAGUGGAUCCCUAAAUAAGGCAUCGAAAAACGACCUGUUAAGACAUAAAUUUUGGACUUAG